CUCACACGGGUCUGGUGUCUGGGAGCGGUGAAGGGGAACCAGCUCAGAUACGAGAGCACUGGCCUGCCGUGCUUGAGCUGCCGAUUCGUGCCGUUACUGGCGGUUCUGCCGGCCGGGUGGGCAGCGGAGGGAAUGAAAGCUGAACGCGGGCCGGCACCCUUGGAUGCUCCAGUUGGGGCUUCGAUCCCAGCUCCUAGAUAUCACCCAGCCAUCUGCUCUUCCUCUCUCUCCUCCGACUCUUUCGACUCCUCCAACUCCCACAUAGUUCAGCCAUCAGAACUCAGAACACCAAACUGUGAUCAUUAUGACUACCCAGCAUGCCCCAGGAACCUGAGCCCCGUGUGUGGAAGCGACAUGAACACUUAUGGGAAUGAAUGUACUCUGUGCAUGAAGAUUAGGGAGGAUGGUAACCCUCUUAAAAUCAUCAAAGACUCGCCUUGCUGAUGGUCAGUUUACAGAAGAGCAGCUGGAAAGCCCCCUACUCCGGUGCCUCCUGCUAGAACCCCACCCCUUCUCCCCCC